CAAAGCCACCAGACGCUACAUUUCCAGUUGGUUCAGGAAAAGUCACCGAAACUCUCCACAAAGCUGAGUUAAAGUUAAUACAGCAAGAUGUCUACAAACUACGACGAAGUUUGCGACAACAUGCUGCUUCAGCUGUAUGAACGCGUGCGCUAUGUCAAGGACAAGAGCAUUCAUCUGUCGCUGGACGCCAAUCAGCGUAUGAUGAUCAAACUGAGCUGGAACGCGUUCGUGGCUGGAGACCCGUCCAACAGGGGUAUGCAGAUGUUCUUAAAAAUGUUCAGCAUGCAACCCAAGACCCAGUCCGUGUUCGAGUUCGCUCGCGGUAGCUCAGCAGCGCAGAUGCAGAACAGCACCAGGAUCAUCUUCCACGUGACCAGGGUCGUUAAGUACAUCACCAAGGUGGUGGAGAAUCUGGAGUCCCUGGAAGACAUGGCUCCAGUUCUCAGGCGUCUUGGAGGUCGCCACGGGACCAGUGGUUACAAUGUUCCAACAGACUAUUUCCCCCAUCUGGGCGUAGCCAUGCGGGAACUGAUGAAAGCUCACAUAGGGAACUGGACUAAGCAACACGACCAACUGUGGGACACGCUCUACACAUGGAUCGUGGCCAGAAUGAGGGAGGGCCAGGCCACUUAUGGCGGGAAAAGAUAGACUGGAACCAACCGGAAAGCCAAAGAUGCCCCAGAGAAUAACUCUUAGUUGGAACAGUAUUGUUUUUGAUAUCAAAAAACAGAAAGUAUAGCUGCAAGUAACGGAUAAUUACCAAGUGAUAUGCAACGUUUUUGUUAUCUGAAUUCUGUACCAAAUGAAAAAUGAAAUGAAACAAAAUCAGUGCUGCUUAAGAAUCAUUCCUGAAGUUUUAGAUGUGUUUUAUGUCAGGUAUUUUCACAGUUUUUGAGACACGAAUUUCUCCGGAGCAUCUUUGCAGAAAAUUGGCUUAUGCCUAUGUGAAGAGAAAAGUGGAAGAUCGGAAGAAUAUUUUCAAAGCCUGCCCACUUUAAAUGUUGCUGUCGUACAACGCAAUUCUGCUCUAGAGCUAUGUUAAUCUAGAAUCCAGUGCAAAAGUGGCCACACUUUGAGAAUAAAAGACUGUUGUUGUUCUUGUUUCUAUUUGGCGUUGAUUAGACAUGUCUUAGCGUAUUUCAUUUAGCCACAGGGGAGUGACAUGCUUUUGUGUUGUUCUCUGUGAUUGGCUACCAAAGCUGCGUCUGUUUUUAUACGCUCAAGAUUGUGUCUGGUCCAUGGCAAAUGGAAGAUAUAUUAGUUAUAUAAAUAGCAAUUAAAUAUAUAACAAAUAUUUUAUUCUAUAUAUAUUUUUAUAUUUUACGUGAACCGAAAUAAA